AUGGAACAUAUAAAACAGAUACUUUAUACACUUCUUAUCCUAUCGGUAUUCCAUUGUACAACAUCAACUUAUUUUGGAGAUGCAUUUGCUCAGCAGACUGACGAGCCUGCUAGAAUUAGCUGGCUCUUUUCCAACGCUGCUGUUACAGCUAAGAGGACUCAGAGAAAUAUACUAGAAUCCAGAACAGAACCUGAGAUUGAAGGUUUGUUUAUGAUCACAAACGGCAAGUGUCGUGACAAGUUAAAUCAUCUUUGCGGAGAUAUAGGGAGGAAUAAUGACGAACUCGUACUGCUUGAAUGCAUUCAGACUUUCAAACCUACCGAGAUAUCCGGAAUUGAUCAGAAGUGUCAAGAAGCAAUUUGGGGCUAUAUCCAGAAUAUUACAGACAAUCGAAAUAUAGAGAGGCUGGCUAGGAAAGCAUGCGGUAAUCAAUUGGACAAUCUGCAAUGUUCUCGUUCUGACUUCAUCCAUGGAUCGUACUUGUCUUGUUUGAUCGAUAAACGAGAAAUGGUCAGAGAUCCUGACUGUAUCACAUAUAUCCAGAGAUUGGAGUGGAUCGCUUUCAGUGACUUCCGAAUUCUGACUCCCUUCAAGACAGACUGUGCGAACGACAUUAAGAAGUUCAAGUGCGACAGUCUGCAGCCGUACAGAGAUAUAUCGCAGGGUCAGAUAUUAGCGUGCUUGCAAGAACACGUUGAACAAUUGCAGCAGGAAUGUAGGAGGCACAUUCUUCAUGUGUCUGAGAUCCAAGCAGAGAACAUCAAGCUGGAUCGCCAGUUAUACAUGGCCUGUACUCAAGAUCACAUUAAAUUCUGUCCGAGGAUCCGACCGGGCAGUGGUCAGGUGUAUAAAUGUUUGAUGCAGCAUAAAACUGACAGAUCGAUGACCGGACAGUGCCAAGAGCAAUUGACGAGGAGAGAGAAGCUCAUUGCUUCUGAUUACAAAAUUAGUAAAGGUCUGGUCAAAGCUUGUAAGGAAGAUAUUAGGAAUUAUCACUGUAGACGAUCCGUGUCCGAGGACAAAGAGAUCAAGUUGGCGCAGAUUUUGCUCUGUCUGGAGUCCGCCGUGAAGAACGGCAGCAAGAUAGACGGGAAUUGUCAGGCGGAAAUGUUUGAUCACAGGAAGCUCCUGAUGGAGGAUUACAGAUUAUCACCGGAGAUCGUGGACGGCUGUGCCAACGACAUCACAACCUUCUGCAACAGCCUCGAGGUUGGCGGCGCUACGAUACAUUGUCUAAUGGAGCACACAAGGACGAGGAAAAAGAAGUCGAGAGUCACGCCAAAGUGCCAAAGAGCGUUGGAGGAGUUAAUUUUGGAAGCAGAUGUCGGUGAAGAUUGGAGAAUUGAUCCGGUUCUAAGGGAACAUUGUCAGUCUGUGGUUAAUGUAGCUUGCAGAGACGUGCAUGGUGGAGAUGCCAGAGUAAUAUCUUGUUUGAUGGAGCAAUUAGGAACGGAAAGGAUGACCGUAGCUUGCGAGACAGCCUUAGUGCAAAUACAAUAUUUCAUCGCUAGAGAUUUCAAACUUGACCCACAAUUGUACAAAGCGUGCAAAUUUGACGCUGUACGUUUGUGCCAUGCGAGAAAUGCGUGGGCCAAUGACGGGAAACAAAUGGAUCCAGAAACAGGACCUCUCGUUUUACCAUGUUUGUAUCGGCACGCAUAUCAGAAAAAUAUGACGUUGAAAUCGGAUUGCUUGGAAGAGAUUAGGAGAGUUAUGAGGCAGCGUGCUGUGAAUGUCGACUUACAACCUGAAAUAGAAGAAGUGUGUUUCAAUGAGCUUGCAUCUCUCUGUUAUGAAAAAACUGCAAAGGGAGAAGAAAUUCUUUGCCUGCAGGAUAAUUUAGACAACCUGAACAAAAAGUGCAAGCUUGCAGUUGGAAAUUUCACGGAGGAACAAGCGGAGCGUGUUGAGCUAAAUCCGAUCAUCUCUUCAACCUGUCAACACAUCAUGGAACGCUAUUGCGAGGAGGUACUGAAAUAUGGAAAAGAUGAGGGAGAUAUGAUGGAGUGUCUUAUUGAACACAAAAAUGAGCUAGACGCACGCUCUGAUUACAAAUGCAAAGCAGCCGUAGAACAUUUCCAACUGAUAUCCUUGAAGAAUUACCACUUUACGUAUAAGUUCAAGGAGGCAUGCAGACCUUAUGUUAAGAGAUGGUGCCCCAGAUCGAAGACGAAAGCUGAUGUGAUAGCGUGCUUAAGUUUGAUCGUGCAAGAGGACAUAAUGAAGGAGUCCCAGCAUCGUGUGCUGAAGGAUUGCAGACAGCAAUUGCGGGCGCAACUUUAUCAGCAGCGGGAAAACAUUCGUUUUGAUCCUAUCCUGCAAACAUCCUGCGCAACGGAUAUCAAACAAUACUGUUUCAAUGUGGAGCCGGGAAAUUCACAGGUACUAGAGUGCUUAGCGUCACACAAAUCUAAGCUAUCCGAUGUGUGCCACAAACAGCUGUUCAAAGUGAGGAAGCAGGAAUUCCAGGACAGCUCUAGUGAUUUCCCUUUACUGAACACUUGCCGAGUCAUGAUCAGGCAAUACUGUCACGAUGUGAGCAGAUCGCAAACGUUGGAUUGCCUUAAGCGAUACAAAGACGAGCUCACCUUCGACGACAAGUGCAAGAACAUUGUGAUUCGAAGAAUGAUUGAGCAGAAUACGGAUUAUAGAUUCAACAACGCGUUGCAGAAUGCGUGUUCCUACGAUAUCGACAAGCAUUGCAAAGAGGUACUGGUACACGAGCCUUCUGACAAAGAGCUUGAAGGAAAGGUCAUAAGAUGUUUGAAGAUCAGAUUUCGUGAAUCCAAACUGACCACAAAGUGCGAGCAUCAAAUGGCUAAUAUUCUCCGAGAAGCUGCGCUGAAUUACCAUCUAAAUCCAUUAUUAGCAACAAUGUGUGCGCAUGAGAUUGAAACCAUAUGUCGUUCGGAGGAGAACGAGCCAGGCGCCGUUGAAGAAUGUCUUAAGAGAAAGUUUAAUGCCGGAAAUCGCGACAUGAAGGAAGAAUGUCGCUUAGAGGUCGCUGAUCUUAUAGAGCAGACGAGAGCGGAUAUCAAUGUGGAUCCUUUGUUGCAGAAAGCUUGCGCCGUCGAUGUCAGCAAAUACUGCAGUGCUGUUCCCCAAGGCGCUGGAAGACAUAUAAUGUGUCUACAAAAUGCGUUGGAAGAUAGCAACAAGUCUUUGCAACCCGAUUGCUACAAAAUGCUGACUACCAGAAUGGAAAUGUUUAAGAAUGCUGCCAAGUUGAUCGCGCCGAACACCAUCGAGGAGCUUUAUAUGACAGUGAAUGGCUCCCCUGCGCGACGUUACUUCAUGAUUGUCGGCUGCACCAUGGUUGGGAUUAUUUUUAUCAUCGGAAUGUUCUGCGGCCGAGUGACCAGGCGGACGAUGAUCAUGAAGAACAAGUGACGCCGCGGGCGUCCGUCCACUAGUAAAAUGACUUUCGUGAGAUUAGCCGAGGGACAGAAAACGUAAAAUGUAACGGGUCAACUCUUUUGCGUAAUACCACGCAAAAUGCAAAGUUUGCGAUAGACGAAAGGAGGUAUCGAUCUUUUUAUACAUUCGUUUAUCAGAUUUUCGAAGUGCCACUCUUUGUAUUUGUAUGAUCAGAGACGGAACCGGAGAUUUUUGAUGUUGCUGUUAUGCACAAGUGGCGUUGCAAGAUUGUAAGAGUCGGAAGAUACUGGUAUCUAAAGAUAUAAGGAGAGGUAAGGAUUUAAAUAUUCAGAAAUAUUACGUUACUGCAAUAUCGUGAUCCUAAGAAUACAGGGUGUUUUAUAAAAUUUGCGGCAAGCUUCGGGAGCGUCGUUACGUUUAUCGGAAGUAACGUUCCUGGAACUUGUUACAAAAGUUACGAAACAAGCUACGUUACCUAAUUAUAACUUUAUAUUCUGUAGAAUGAGAUUUAUUCGUCGCGAAAGAAGGUAAAGAAGAAUUAUAUUAACUUUGAGCAGGAUCGACUCUAGGAUUCUUUUCUUUUUCCUACAGAGAAGGGAACAACGCUAAUUUAUCUUUACCUUUGAAAAAAAAUUCCUUUGAGAAAACGGGAAGCAAGAAAUUAUUUAACGAAAUAAUAUAAUUAACUGUAUUCGUUUUUAAUGAAGAGAUAACUUUAAUCAGAAAAGCAAUAUGGCGAUAUGCUGCCUGUUGUAUAACUCGUUUCGUCGGAGCCUGGAGUUGAUCUUGAUUCGGAAGAUCGUAUGCAGAGUCUCGCGCGCGCAACAAGAAACUACACAAAUGUAACAAUUGGAAGGUGGCGGUCCAAUUCCCUCUCCGCUGUCCCUCGGGACUCGCUGAAGCUUUGUAAUGCAACGCGUGAAUAAGAACGUGUCCGAGGGUUCCUUACCGGAACAGUUCUUGGUAGUGCCGGAGAAAUAACCGUGCGAUGUUCGCGAGUGAAUUAUUCCCGUGGGACAGACGUGCGAGCUGACGAUCCCGCCGGGACGACUCCGCGUACGGAGAACGAACACAGAACGAAAUACAUUUGUCGUCAACAAGCGUGUCUCGAUGUCUAAAUUUUCUGUACGUUUGUGAUAUAAAGGUUCAUUAAGGGAACGAAAAUAAAGUGUCUGAGAUUGAUUUCAGUCCAAAGAUAUACCGGGCACAAGUUAUCUCAGUCUUCCACAUUCAAGCUUAAGUUCCUCAUCAAUUUCGGAAAGGAUAUAUCCUGGACGGUGUCCGACUGAUUGUCGCGUCUUCUCUUGACCAUAGAUUCCGAGUGACGAGAAAUUCUUCGUGGCUUUAUUAACAAGAAUAUAUAGAUGAAUAUCAGAGAGUUGAUGGAUUCUAGUAGAUGAUGUUUUGGUAGAUUUAGUUCAAGGAUUGGAUAUUUGUAAUCUUCUUGAAAAGAAAAAAAUCGUUGUAGAUAAUUGUCUUCCAUAUGAAAGUGGAGUUACAAAUGAUUAAAUUAUCAUUAUAUUUGAACUAUAUUAAAUUAUGUGUAAACAAGCGUAUUUGCAUGAAAUUGUUUAGGAAUCUAUAUCAGGAAGAAAAUGUGAUAAUAUAUGACGGAGAAAAACCCUGUAUGAAUAAAAAUUUAUAUCUUUA